AGAGGACUCGAGGAGGGGAGCGCGCCAGAGCGCGAGGGACAGAGGCAGAGGAGGAGCGCGGGAGCGGCGGAGGCGAUCCCGCGAAUUCAUUACUGUAAACAUCUCCCGGGGGUGUCAGGAGGGGUGGGGGUGGGAGCCGCGGCGCCUACAUUAGCUGGGCAGGGUCAGAUCCAGGCAGCAGUAAGGUCGGAGCAGCCUCCGGACCCACGCCGGGCCGGCGCAGCGCUUGGAGCGAGCCCCGCGCCCGCCCCCGCGCACCCCACGCAGCGCCCCACUCCGGGCUCCGCGCGGUCCGCGCACGGGCGUCGGCUCUCCGGCCGCCCCACGGGGUCCUCCGUCUCCAAGGAGCCCCGGCGCUGCGGGGCCGCGUUCCGCCGCCUUCCCCGCUCUCCCGCCUUUCAGGACUCGUGGGCUCGGCCGAGGCGGAGAAGGGGAGGCAGAGGAGGAGAGGAGGCGGGGGCCUCGGCGGCCGGAGCCGAGAGAAAGUGGCAUGCCCCAGCCCUGGAGGCGGAGGUGGCGGAGGACGGGGGAAGACGAUGCCGCGGCUCCGUAGGGUAGGAAGGCGAGAGCGAGCUAGGCGAGCGGGGCGCCCGGGCGCCGGCCGGCUGCGGGGAGGCGCGCGCCGCUCUGAGGCUCCGGCCUCCGCACCCCCGCGCCCCGACGCUGCGGGCGACAGGGCCGGGCUCCGGCAGCCACCUCCGUCGCCGCCGCCACCACCCGGAGGACCUAGCAAAAGUUUGGAUCUGGGGGAGGACGCGGCGCUGAGCGGGAUUACCACCAGAGCUUGGAGGAGACCUCGAGAACCUUUGCAGAUUGCAGAUUGAGCUUAACCAAGAAGUUCCUAGGCUGGUCCACGCUGUCCUGGCCGACAAUAAACGGAGGGAUUCUGCCUGCCCCAUUGGGCCCCUGUGGACCGCUGAUAACUUGGCUUCACUUGCUGCCUGGGUGGAGAAUUCUCCCUGUUGAAAUUUUUUUUGCACAUGGAGGACAAUAGCAAAGAGGGCAACACAGGCUGAUCUGAUAAAACCAGGAAGAUUCUUUGACCGUGCGUCUUCGAGACUUUUCCUCUAGUUGGAGUUCUGGACUUGAACAAAGCUCCAGCCAGUCAUUUGGUUUUGCCAUCCUUUCUUUUCUUUUUUUUUUUUUUUUUUUUUUUUUUUUCUCCACCACAUUGUAUUUUAUUUCUGUACUUCAGAAAUGGGCCUACAGACCACACAGGGGCCCAGCUGGGGGGCUUUUUUCCUGAAAUCUUGGCUUCUCAUUUGCCUGGGGCUCUCCUCCCAAGUGUCCAGAAUCCUGGCCUGCCCUAGUGUGUGCCGCUGCGACAGGAACUUUGUCUACUGUAACGAGCGAAGCUUGACCUCAGUGCCUCUUGGGAUCCCGGAGGGCGUCACCGUGCUCUACCUCCACAACAACCAAAUUAAUAAUGCUGGAUUUCCCGCAGAGCUGCACAACGUGCGAUCCGUGCACACCGUCUACCUUUACGGCAACCAACUGGAUGAAUUCCCCAUGAACCUCCCCAAGAAUGUCCGAGUUCUCCAUUUGCAGGAAAACAACAUUCAGACCAUAUCGCGGGCGGCUCUCGCCCAGCUUUUGAAGCUGGAGGAGCUCCACCUGGAUGACAACUCCAUAUCCACGGUGGGGGUGGAAGACGGGGCCUUCCGGGAGGCUGUCAGCCUCAAAUUGCUGUUUCUGUCCAAGAAUCAUCUGAGCAGCGUGCCUGUCGGGCUUCCCAUGGACCUGCAGGAGCUGAGGGUGGAUGAGAAUCGAAUUGCGGUCAUAUCAGACAUGGCCUUCCAGAACCUCACGAGUUUGGAGCGUCUGAUCGUGGACGGAAACCUCCUGACCAACAAGGGCAUUGCCGAGGGCACCUUCAGCCACCUCACCAAGCUCAAGGAGUUUUCCAUCGUCCGGAAUUCGCUCUCCCACCCUCCUCCUGACCUCCCAGGUACGCAUCUGAUCAGGCUCUAUCUGCAGGACAACCAGAUCAACCACAUCCCUUUGACAGCCUUCUCGAACCUCCGGAAGCUGGAACGGCUGGAUAUAUCCAACAACCAGCUGCGCGUGUUGACUCAAGGGGUCUUCGAUAACCUCUCCAACCUGAAGCAGCUCACUGCCCGGAAUAACCCUUGGUUUUGUGACUGCAGUAUUAAGUGGGUCACGGAAUGGCUCAAACACAUCCCCUCCUCUCUCAACGUACGAGGUUUCAUGUGCCAAGGCCCUGAACAAGUGCGGGGGAUGGCUGUCCGGGAGUUGAAUCUGAAUCUUUUGUCGUGUCCCACCACGACCCCCGGCCUGCCUCCCUUCACCCUGGCCCCCAGUUCAGGUUUCGCCACCACUCAGCCUCCCACAGUCCCUGUCCCAACCCCUAGCAGGGGCUCUCCGCCUCUGACUCCCACAGCCUCGAAACUUCCCACGGUUCCCGACUGGGAUGGCAGAGAAAGAGCGACCCCGCCUCUUUCUGAACGGAUCCAACUCUCCAUCCACUUUGUGAAUGACACCUCCAUUCAAGUCAGCUGGCUCUCUCUCUUUACUGUGAUGGCGUACAAACUCACGUGGGUGAAAAUGGGCCACAGCUUGGUAGGGGGCAUCGUUCAGGAGCGCAUCGUCAGUGGGGAGAAGCAGCAUUUGAGCCUGGUGAAUUUAGAGCCCAGAUCCACGUAUCGGAUUUGCUUAGUGCCGCUGGACGCGUUUAACUACCGAGCGGUGGAAGACACCGUUUGUUCCGAGGCCACCACGCACGCCUCCUACUUGAACAACGGCAGCAACACGGCCUCCAGCCACGAGCAGGCGACUUCCCACAGCAUGGGCUCCCCCUUCCUGCUGGCGGGCCUGAUCGGGGGCGCGGUGAUCUUUGUGCUCGUGGUCCUGCUCAGCGUCUUUUGCUGGCACAUGCACAAAAAGGGGCGCUACACCUCCCAGAAGUGGAAAUACAACCGCGGCCGGCGGAAAGAUGACUAUUGCGAGGCCGGCACCAAGAAGGACAAUUCCAUCCUGGAGAUGACCGAAACCAGCUUUCAGAUCGUCUCCUUAAAUAACGAUCAGCUCCUUAAAGGAGAUUUCAGACUGCAACCCAUUUACACCCCAAAUGGGGGCAUCAGUUACACCGACUGCCACAUCCCCAACAACGUGCGAUACUGCAACAGCAGCGUGCCGGACCUGGAGCACUGCCACACGUGACCGCCAGGGGUCCGGCGCCAGGACUCCCGAGAGCACACACGUGUGUGCACGAAAAGACACGCCAAUUACAUUUGAUAAAUGUUCCACAGAUGCAUUUGUGCAUUUGAAUACUCUGUAAUUUAUACGGUGUACUAUAUAAUGGGAUUUAAAAAAAAAAGUGCUAUCUUUUCUAUUUCAAGUUAAUUACAAACAGUUUUGUAACUCUUUGCUUUUUAAAUCUUAAAAAAAAAAUAGUUGCUGAAGUACUGUACAGGGUUGUACAAGAGCCCAGGCAAAAGCACGAGUGAUUCUUCCUCCUGAUGCACAUUCACAUCUUUGCUGUUGAAGCUUCCGAAUAAAUCCCUUUCUUAGAGUCGGUGGUCAGACGGAAGGGCAGAUUCAAAUGGACUCAUCAGGGUAGGGAAAAUAAUAUGGUAAAACAAGAAAUGGCCCAGGUCCCUUCAUGCUAUUUCUAUACUUCCUGGCCCAGAAGAAAAGUAAAAACUUCUAAAAUUUAAAAAAAAAAAAUUUAAAAAAAGGAGGUAGUCACCCUGAUUUGACCCAAGACAGGAAAUGCGGAAAGCAUCUCGAGGAAGUCAGUUCCUGUAAGAUAAGUUAACCCAGCCUGGCAGAAUCAAGAAAAUGAGAAGAGAUUGGAAAAGACCUUCCAACCCAGGGGUUGGCUUCCUGACUGGGAACUUGAAAAAUCACUCUUCAUGCUUCCCUGGUCCUAUGUGAAACCGAGUGAGAGACCCGAGUCUGAUAGCCGUCAUCUUCGGGGGCAGGUGGGAUGUCCUGGCAAGAAAAUUCCCUUUAAAAGUGUUACUAUUCAAAUUAUACGUCGGGUUGAAUCACAUUCAACAGAGAUAUAUUCUAGAAUACUUUUUUUAGAAGAGGCUAAUAAAAUAACGGGAAGAAUUAUAUUGAAUGGAAUUAUUUUUGAUAAUAAGAAUUAUUUGGGUAGAUUCACGUCAGCUAUGUCAACAUGAUAUUUAGACCAACAAGGGAUCAAGGUUUGAAAUAUACUAAACUUGUUGUUUAAAAACCAUUGCUUUCAUUUAGAUGAAAGCAAAUGAUCAGUGGUUCUGCAAUCAGCUAACUGUGAAUAUCAUGUUGAAAUAGCUUGAAUUAAUACCUUUAUCCCCUCAGAAAUUCUUGUCUUCCAAUCAUCUCAUGUAUAUUUUCAUAAUUAGCUGUUUAUGCUACAUUCAUUUUUUUUCUCCCUCUGCCCAAAAUUUGAAGGACAAUUAUGGAUGCCAGUCUUGGCUGCACAAAAUAUCCGUAUACACUUUAAAAUGUAUACUAAUUUUCCCGGCUAAUAAUUCUGUCAGGACACAUCAAAGCUGGCCAAAAGAACAUACUUUUUUUUAAAAGCAAUACCAAGUUUCCACCUUGACCUGACUUUGAUCCUCUUCCAUUUUUUAAAUUGCAUUUAUUCCUUUUCAAUCUUGGAUGUUCCUCGUCUUUGGGAAUUGUGGAGGAUAAUCAAUCUUUUAUUAACAGGAUAACAGAUGAAAAAUGAACAAGUCAGAAAGUGAAGGUUUGUUCCCCUAAUCUUGGCAGAGCAGGGCAGAGAGCAGAGGGCACAAAGAAGAGAAGGACUUCCAGGCUUAAUUCGAGAUAUUUUUGAAGCCACGUCCAUCUUCAGAAAGCAUGUGUAAUUUACCCCUUUCCAUCCCUUAGAUGUAGAAGGGCUAUCGAUCACAUACAUACGUUAUCUAAAACAUACACCCUUGGAAAAUUCUUCUUAAAAAUCAAUUUCACUUGAGGAAUUUCACUCUCUGUUGCAUGUUUCCUUGGUCACUGGCCAUCAUUUUAGGGACCUGUGAGAUUUAAUGUCACAGUCAUUUUGCUUUCUGUUUCUCUGUCCCUCUUACUUUUAACAAAAUAGAACUGUGAUGUGUCUUCUUUGUAAAAGUCUAGGUAUACAAUGCUAUGCAAGUUUUUCUUUAUAGUAAGAGCUUUAUUUUCUUUAAUAAUAUAUCCCCUGCUCAUAUGUUUUAAUCUCCCUUGUCCCUCAGAAUAAGCAGAAAGUAUAACUGAAGUUAUCAUUGUUACAGACACAAGAAUCGAAACUGUGCAGUCAGUUGAGCUGAAAUUAGCUACGAAUUAAUUUGAAUUAAUUCUAAAGUGACUUUGGUUUCCGUUUUAGUCUGUUAGCAAGCUUGUUUUAGCUGCUGCUUUUUUACAGCUAGGUCCACACAGUGAAGGGAUGAGACAAUCUGUGAAGGUGAUCGGUGUAACAGAAAGCCAUCUAAAACGCAGGACAAUGACAUGGGGUUUUGUGUAUUUGACUGGAUAAUUUCCUUCCACUGUCCUUUUUUUUCCUUGGCUGUGUAGAUAAAACUAUGUGUUCAAA